AUGAUAGGUGAUGAUAUUAUUGACGAUGAAGGUGAUGAAAGUAAUGUUAAUAGUGAUGAUGAUGAAAACAAUAACGAUGAAGGUGAUGAUAGUAAUGUUAAUAGUGAUGAUGAUGAAAACAUUAACGAUGAAGGUGAUGAAAGUAAUGUUAAAAGUGAUGAUGAUGAAAACAAUAACGAUGAAGGUGAUGAUAGUAAUGUUAAUAGUGAUGAUGAUGAAAACAAUAACGAUGAAGGUGAUGAUAGUAAUGUUAAAAGUGAUGAUGAUGAAAACAAUAACGAUGAAGGUGAUGAAAGUAAUGUUAAAAGUGAUGAUGAUGAAAACAAUAACGAUGAAGGUGAUGAAAGUAAUGUUAAUAGUGAUGAUGAUAUUAUUAAAGACGAAGGUGAAGAUAGUAAUAUUAAUAGUGAUUAUGAUGAAAACAAUAACGAUGAAGGUGAUGAAAGUAAUGUUAAAAGUGAUGAUGAUGAAAACAAUAACGAUGAAGGUGAUGAUAGUAAUGUUAAAAGUGAUGAUGUUGAAAACAAUAACGAUGAAGGUGAUGAUAGUAAUGUUAAAAGUGAUGACGAUGAAAACAAUGAACCAAUAAUCACAAGUAAACAGCCACCAUUUUGUAGUUCAUGUCAUUAA